AGUCUGUGCUCCCCAGAUCUUCUAAGUGGACGCCCACUCGUUACCUCGCCAGAGCCACAAAAAUGAAUCUGAUCCGCCAAAACUUCAACGAAGAAUGCGAAGCUGGUAUCAAUCGUCAAAUUAAUAUGGAGCUCUACGCUAGCUACCUCUACCUAGCCAUGUCCCAACACUUCGACCGAGAAGAUGUUGCUCUGCCAGGCUUCAGAAAAUUUUUCGCCAAAGCCUCCGAGGAGGAGCGCCAGCAUGCCAUAAAGCUCAUGCGUUAUCAAUGCAAACGUGGCGGUCGCAUUGUCUAUCAGGAUAUUGCCAAACCCCAAAAAAGUGAAUGGACGACCGGCCUUGAAGCCAUGGAAACAGCACUUAAAAUCGAACGAGAGGUCAACGAGUCCCUUCUUGCCUUGUGCGAUGUCGCUGCUAAAAAUAAUGACGGUCAUUUCAAUGAUUUCUUAGAAAGUGAGUUCUUGGGAGAGCAAGUGAAUACCAUCAAAGAGCUGGCAGACCAUGUCACAAACCUUCGUCGAUGCGGACCCGGCUUGGGAGAAUACAUUUUCGACAGAGAGACCCUUCGUGGUGGUGAGGCAUGAACAAUACUGACCUGCAUCUGGGAGCAAUUUUCGUACUUCUCUUUUCAUCAUUUUGUGACUUGUAAAAAUAAACCUUCAUAACU